CGGAAAUAGCUCUGUCCGCCGAAUAUAACUCGACACUUUAGUAGAAAAAAAAAAAGAGGGGGGAGGUAAGUAAUUAUUUAGGGGGAAGAAAGAAAGAAACAAAGUUGUCGACCGUGCAAUGCACACGGGGAGGGAUUUUAUUUAUCUCGAGAGGCUCGUUUAGUUCAGCGCCGGGCCGCUGGGAUGUGACUGUAACGGCGCUCCGGUUUCCCUCAUUUCCUUCUCUGUCUCCAAACUUCUCCGCUACUAUUUCACCGAGUCCCGGACCGGAUUUCUCCUUUGAAAACGGGAAUGAUAAAAGCAGCCGAGCACAGGCGGAUGGACGGACGGACUGAGGAGUGCCGUACGUGUGUUUUCUGUUGCCCGAGUUCAACUUAAUCAUGUUUUAAUUUGUCCGGAGCACAUUUCUGUCCUGGGAUGAAUGGCAGAAGUCGGGUGAGUCGACUAUCUGUGCACAAACGGAUUUAUUUUCUUGUCUACACUGGACCCCACAUGAAGUGGUGAUAGCCUGCAUCCUGCUGAACCUCUCCGCUUUGUGUUUUUUUUUUUUUUUUCCUUUUUUCUUUUUCUUUUUCUUUUUUUAAAAAGAAAAUUUAAACGGAGACACACUCACACAAACACACCGCACUGGAUAACCACGUUAUAAAAGCGACUUUACUGAACCACAUUUCAAGACAGUUCAACCAACAGAGAAGAUGCAGAUGUGGAGCCACAUGAGGGUCCACAAAGGAGGCCCUCCACGACCAUAGGUCACGCAGAAGUGUCCUGGAUGUAUGUUUCUCCUGCUUCCUGGCUGGAUUGAGUUGAACUAUUAGUAACUGUCUAAUAAUCCAAUGGAUUCUUGCUCACCACAGUCUACCUGUGCCUGUGGAUUUUCCACAUAAGGGCAAACCAGAUGACUCAUAGGACUUUAGUCAUGUAACCACCCUGAAAUGUCUUAGAAGUCUUAUUUAUCUGUUCUGUAUUUAUUGUCUGUAUAUAUAAGGGGUCCAUUUUUUUAAAUUUUUUUUUUUUUAGCUUUGAGCUAGUUUCAAGGCCAGUUUUUAAUUUCUCAUUAUAGAAUUUGAAAUCUGACAUUUCAAGUGUCUUUGUGAAAGUUGUAGAUUUACUUGGACAUCUUUGUUCUUGCUGUAUAUCUACCCACACUGUAUUUGAGCACAUUCAUCUGUAACUUAAAGGGGAGGCUGUGAGACUUGACUUUGCCCAGACAGGUUAUAAAAAGACACAAGAAAGUUUCAUCAUGGACAAGCCGAUAAGUAAGUUAUUGGAGAAGUUAAAGCUAACGGACUCGGGCAGUGUGAAAUUCAACAGUUCAAAGAAAAAGCAUGACUCUGCCAACAACUCUAAUAACAGCAACGCCAACACUGGCAUCUCCGGAGACAGUGGUGGGGGCAGCGGUCUGCCACCAGCUCCCAGCUCUGCAGCUGCCUCGCCCUCAAGACCCGGCCAGUUCUCGCUUGCCUCUGCAACCACAAGCGAUGCAUGUGUUCCAGUGAGUGGGAGGGGAGGAGGAGGAGGAGGAGGGAUGGGAAUGGCUCCUUCUCAGCUCCUCACCCCACCACAGACUUCCUCCACGGUGGGUGCCGUACCUUCAGAUGGUGAGCAACCGCUUCACCCCUCCACCUUGGCACCGCUGAGGCGUCGCUCCCCCCAACAGCGAGCUUCCUGUUACCUGGGGGAAGGUGUGGAUUCCCACAUGAGGCGUGAGUCUGGUCUGGGCCCUGACUGUGACCCUCUGGGGGCGUUUGGCUCCAAGACGUCGCUCAAUCAACGGCGCUACUCCCUGGAGCUCCAGCAGCUGGUGAGACGACAGCAGCUCCUCUCCCAACCGCCGCCUCUGUCUGUCCCUCCGCCGUACCCUGCUGCUACGGGCUAUGGAUCAGCUCCCAGAGGCAGCGGAGGCGGCCUGGGCGAGCCUGGUUACCUCUCCGAGCCUGAGAGGCACAAGCGUCUCUCUCUUCAGGAGGCUCUGUUCUACAAACGCCUGAGCACGGGUAGUGAACUGUGGGAAAGCACCAGGCCUGCGUCCCUCUCUCAUCCACCACAUCGCCCAUCUGAUGUGACCGGAGGAGGUGUAGGAGGAAGCUUCUUUUACCCCCCGGGGCCAACUGUGAGCCCAUGCUCGUCUUUCAGCCUCCAGGAGUCGGUGCUGGUCAGUCCCAGGUCCAGCUUUGCCUCCAGCACGGCCAGCGGCGGCGGAGGAGGGAGCCCCAUGGGGAGCCGCUGUAGCAGCAACCGGACCAGCGGCAUCAGCCUGGGCUACGACUCUCGCUACUCCAACUCUGGAGGCCUCCCGCCUCAACAGCAGUCCCCCUCCCUGCAGACAGGGGGCUCUGUGGCUGGUUACGGCGCUCCAGGCAGGGCUGGAGUAACACCUGUGGAGGCCUGGACUCAAUACCUGGAGGGAGGGAUGCGCCCAGGGGCCUAUGAUAGUCGACACUCCUACCCACCUGCUGUUGGAAGUCCAGGAGCAGCAUGCUACCAGGGUGGCCCAGAGUGGUGGGAUGAGCAGCAGGUGGGAGUGAAAGGCAAAGAGGGGGGCGUGAUGGGAGAGAGGGCCCGCUACUCAGACCUGCCUGGCACCCGGUAUCAGGAAGAGCUCACCCGACUUCUCCUGAGAGAUGCAGCGCUUGAAGGUGAGGGGCUCCUGGAGGGCCUGAUGCUGAAGGAGCAGUCUCUAGCUCUGACGGCUCUCUCUAAACCGAGCGCAACAACACUGGGGCCUUCCUCAGCUGGAGGGCCGGUCAAACCUCAGGAGGAUCCAGGAGUCGGAGGUGGGGCCGCGGAGAACCGCCAGGAGUACUUUGGAACCUGUGUGAAGUGUGGGAAAGGCGUGUACGGGGCGGAUAACGCUUGCCAGGCUCUGGACAACCUCUAUCACACACGCUGCUUCACCUGUGUGUCCUGUGGACGCACCCUGAGAAACAAGGACUUCUACAAUGUCAGUGGCUCUGUGUACUGUAAAGAGGAUUACAUGUUUUCGGGAUUCCAGGCUGCUGCUGAGAAGUGUAGUGUGUGUGGCCACCUUAUUCUCGAACAGAUCCUGCAGGCUCUCGGGAACUCGUACCAUCCCGGCUGUUUCCGCUGUGUGGUGUGCUCCAAGGCUCUGGACGGGGUGCCUUUCACCGUGGACCAGCACAGCAACAUCUACUGCGUCGCAGACUACAACAAGACUUUUGCCCCCAAGUGCGCUGCCUGUUUACAACCCAUCUUACCUACUGAGGGCAGCGAAGAGAUCCUCAGGGUCGUGUCUAUGAACAAGGACUAUCACUUUGAGUGCUACCACUGCGAGGAGUGUGGCAAGCAGCUCUCCGAUAAGCCCGGCUCGCAGUGCUUCCCCCUGGACUCUCAUCUCCUCUGCCACUCCUGUCACAUGAGCAGAGUGUGCGCCACACACAACAUUCCCCCUCACAACACACACUGAUGUGCAGUUAUGCAGCUAUGGAUGUGUGGAGGAAAAAAAAAAAAAAAAGAAGCUGGUCGUAACAUUUUGUCAUUCUCUCGUGCUUGUUGCUCAGUCAUACGUUGUUUUCUACCAAGAUGAAACUGCUGAUAUUAAGACAUUUCCACUGAUUCACUGUCUUUGACUUGGAUCAGUCCCUUUUGUCACGUGUACUGCCUGCUGUACUUCCUGUACUAUUACUGUACCAUAGUUAUAAGGGAACGGGAGAGAAACUACUGCUUAUUUUUUUUUUUUUUACCCCAAUGUGGCUACUGUUUGCUGUAGAAGAACAAGGGAUUUUGCUAAACUGUUUUGUACAUAUAUUAUCGCUAGCAAACAUUUUGCACUUAAAUUUGACUUUACUGUAAGAGAUUUGUUACGUGAAUCUGUACAAUUUGGGGAAAAACAUUACUGCAAUUUCUGUAUGUUGUAAUAAAUAUUUUCAUUUUUGUGCUCA